UGAGGUUGUGGGGCGGGGCGCGCGCCUAGAACGCUAGGAUUCCGCCUGCUCUGUGUCGGUGUCCUGCCCAGGAUGGCUGCAGCUCGGGGAAGGCGUUGAGGAUGCCCGCGGGAUACCUAGUACUCUGCGCUCUGCUGCUGGCGGCGGAGCAGGGCGCGCGCCUCUGCACAGUGGUUUAUUACUUUUACACUGAGCAGUAUCUGUGGGCAUGGCUAACUGUCUCAGCUCUCCUUCCUGGAUGCCUGACUCAGGGCCUAAGUUAUCUAUGGUUCCUAGCAGAUGGUCAUCCAGUCAGCUGUUCUCUGGUUAUUAUACAUCUCUUGCAUCUCGGCAUAUGGAAACGGCACUGGGAUGCCCUCCUGGCAGUCAUAGCAAAGAAAGAGGAACCUCCUGGAUUGGGAAAAGUGCUGCUACAACAAGGGGAUCUCUUUGUGCUUCGGCUGCUUGAAGCCCUCAUCCAGAUGGGGCCCCACCUUCUGUUGCAGACAUAUGCUUUCAUGGCAAAUGAUUUAAAAGAGCCUGUCUCAGGUGUGAGUGCAGUCCUGUCCUGGUCAUCUCUGUCCUUGUCUCUGGUCUCCUAUGCUCGUAUCAUGGGCAUGAUAAAGCCAGGACAUCUGUCCAUGCCAUGGGCUGCCCUCCUGUGCCAGCUCCUGUGGAGAUUGGCUAUGUUGGGAACUAGGAUCAUAACACUAGUUCUGUUUUCCCAAGUCUAUUCCUGCUGGGUCUUUGUUGUUGGAGGUGCUCAUUGGUUAGUGAUGACCUUUUGGCUUGUUGCUCAACAGAGUGACAUCAUAGACAGUACUUGUUGUUGGAGGUUGUUCAAUCUGCUUGUAGGAGCUGUGUAUGUCUUCUGCUACAUUAAUUUCUGGGACAGCCCUUCCAGAAAUAGAAUGACCACAUUUUAUAUAAUAAUGUUGAUAGAAAAUAUAGUCCUUUUGCUGUUGGCCACAGAUUUUCUGCAAGGAGCGUCGUGGGGUACCAUAUGGAUGACAGCAGGCAUUAUGUCUGGAUUUAUUAUUGGCUGUGUCUCACUUAUACUUUAUUACAGCCAGCUACACCCCAAAUCCACAGAAAUCUGGCAAGAAUUUAUAAGGAAGUCCUGCAGCACUAUAGGCAGUGAUAAAACAGAAAAAGAGCCUUCUUCCUUUCAUUGUGUAAACCCAGGUGAGGAAAGAUCGGAGAGCCUAGGCUUGUACCCAGUGGAAGACCCCAAAGUACCAUGCCAGGGAAAUUCCCUUAGCAUAGACUGGGGAGCUUCUGUUGAGAGUCAGACUGUAAGGGAUGAGGUCAUGACCAAAUGGCACCACCACUGGCUGUUAGUGAAGCUGGCCUUAAAAACUGGUAACAUGUCCAAGAUCAAUGCAGCCUUUGGCAAUGACGGCCUAGGCUGUGUUUGCCCACCCAGCUAUGGAAAGACUAAGUGCUUUGGCCCACAAAUGCAGCUUUCAUUUUCAGAGAAAGAAUCCCCUUUUCCUCAUAAACAGCAUGUGACGACAUCAUAUCCGAGUUCCUGGCAAAAAGAUGUCCCAGAAAUGAAAGAGAACACUUUGGAAACUUCAAGUUAUGUCACUCUCUUAAGUAGUCAGCACAGCCACGCACGCUGCCACAACGUUACGCCUGUUGUUGCACCAGAAGGAUCUGGUCUUUCUCUGAAGGAAAGAGGGCCUGUCAUUUUGCAAGGUGACCUUCCAUGGAGUAAAAGCGAUGGCCAGGAAGGUGGUUUCAGAAAUCAAAGCACAGUACCUUGGAGGCAGGAGAAUGAUGCAGAAAGUCCCACCGGACAGCUAGGAGGAGCGGGGAGAGGAAAAGAAAACUCUACAUUCUACUUCAGUGCUACCAUGGAAAGGGCUGCCCCCUAUCACAAGGCUUCCAGGACAUCUCCACAGGUCUCCCUUGAGAAAGUGGAAGUAGAAAAGGAUCAACAAUCCAAGUCUGAUUCUAAUCCUUUGGCAUCAAAACUGUUUCCAGUCACUGUGGCAAACAUCAGCCCAAUAUUGGGCACAGGGACUGACAGGAGUCAGUGUAGUCUACCAGGGGCAUCUUCUGCAGGUUCAAGAUGGGAGGGGCCUCAGGAGCUCUGGGGGGUUCCAGAAAAUCGCUAUUUGUCUGCUGGGACUUGGGUGUCUAUGAUGAGGCGCAAACUAAGACCUUCAGAGGAACCUUGCUUUACAUCCACCCCAAAAUCCGAUCCCAGAAAAGAUGCUGACAGACUGAGUGAAAGGUUAAAGCAAGAAACAAGCUUUUUUUCUGAAUGAAGGUAUGGAAAUCCUUGUAUCAGAAUAUUCCUAGAACAGUCAAGGAAAUGGAAAGACCUCCAAUAUUUUGGAUGGGUCUUCUAGAAAACUCCUGAGCAAGAAGGUGGUGUGAUGUAUACUAGCAGAAAAAGAAUCCACAUCACUGAGACUCCAGAUAUUUCAAAUAUAUUGAAGAGAUGACCGUGAUUAAAAGCAAUUAUAGACUGAUAAUAAAUUUGUAGCACAUGUAUCAGUAACAAUAUUAGAAGUUGUAUUUUUAUCUUUGGACUUUUUAAUUGAAAAACAUUUAACACCAGAACCCUUGCUCUGGCUUCUGUAUUCUGGCAAAUUGUUUUUGUUUAUUCAUCCCUUUCUUUUUUGUUGUUGCUUAAAGUAUUAGACAUCCCUCCAUUAAGGACAAACUAAUAACCAGUUCACAUAACAUAUCCUGAUUCUUUUAAACCAACUUUUCUACACUUCCCUCUCUUUCUCAUUCCCUGAAAAGAGUAUUUCCUAAAUCUGAGAUACUAUAAUCAAACUAAACUUUUAAGAAGCAUAAGGUUCCCUUGACUAGGUAGUUGUGACUAGUUUUUUGGUUUUUUUUUAAUUAGUACUUACAUUUAUUUCAGGUAUGCUGUUUACAUGAAAAUUACUAAGCAAAAUUGGAUUGCAAACAAAUAUAGAAAUACCAUUACAAGCAUUAUCAAAUAACAUAACUAUCAUUAGUGUUGUAAGCACAUUAAUGGAACUGGUAAGGCAGAAUUAUGGAAAAGGCCUGAAGCCCGUGACAUUUUUCUUUUUAACCAAGCCAAAACUCUUCAUAGCACUAUUAUGGCCCUGCUUAUAAGAAACAUAGAAGAUAAGAUAUUUUUAUACUAUUUUUUUCAAAAUCACUUGCUUUGCAUUUUAGUGAAUUUCACUAGUUCUUUUUAAAAAGAACAUAUUUAUUGCUCAAAGGAGGAAGUGUAACAGUACAUCUAAGCAGAAAGCAAGACAGUCUCAUAGAGCCUUUGAUGCUGCCUGACCAUGAUACUAUUAUCCCUAUGGACUUCUUGAGUUUUCCAUCAGUAUUCGCUAUGAGAAAAGGACAAAACAACUGUAAUAACAUUUAGAUAGCAAUUUAAAUAACAAAGUAAUUCUCAUGUAUUAUUUCAUCAUAUCCUUAUAAGGACAAUGAAAUGGGUGCUUUAAUUAUCCCCAUUUUACGGAUGAGAAAACCAAAAAAUUCUAUGUGGAGCAGUGGAAGGAAAGCUGAACUUGGAAUCAGAGUACCUGAAUUCAAACUUGAAUUUGGUGGCCCUGUUUAUAGCUUUUAAUCUCUCGGCCUUAAUUUCUGUAUUUGUGUAAUGGGAGAGCAGAUGACCCUUAAAGGACCCUUCCAGUUCUAGAUCUAGGAGUCUUAGCCCAUUGCACAUAACCUCAAGUAUUCCUAAAGUCUGUCUACUUACCCUUUUAAUCUCCCCACCAUUUACAAUCAUUAGAGACCAUCAAUGAGAAGGAGAAAAGAGCUUAAGUAGUUUGGGCCAUAUUGUAUAACUACAAUUUGGAAUUUGUCCUUGAGAAUGAAAAGCUUUUUAUAGCAGUACAUUUUAGUUCUUAUUGAAUAAUUAUCUGGAAAUCAUGGUUUCUCCUGCCUUUGGAGAGAUGUAAAUCUGUCAAUAAUUUAUUAAGCACCUCUAUGUAUCAAGGAUUGGGCUCAAGGGAUAUUUAAAAAAAAAAAAGGCCCCCAAGUAGCU